GUGAAAGAUGUUGUUUUUUUAACCUUUGCCUAUGGAUGUGAGGCAAAAAUAUUUAGGUCAAACAACUACUCUAUUUUAAAAAUUGCGUGCGAAUGGAAUGUUGCAAUUACAAUGAAUUCGCUGUGUUAUUGUUAAUUAAACGCUCGCGACUUCUGGAUUUCUGUUUUUAGUUUUGGUUUCCUUAAGAGUGGAUACAGCUUUAGUUUGAAACCAAUUAGGUUUCUUUUGUAACUGUAGAAAACUUUGUCAAGUAAACACGCAGUCGUUAUUUUGAAAUAUCUACAACAACACAAUGCCGGAUAAGAAGCAGAUUCUCAGCUUUGCAGUGAUUGGGAUUGCUGUGUUGAACGUGCUAUUCUGUAUCUUGGCUCUGGCUCUCCCUGACUGGCAUGACGGGCCUUUUUCGUCUUUCGGUCUAUGGAGGGUUUGCUCCUUCUCUUUGUGUGCUUCGUUUCCGGCGGAUGUAGAAGAUUGGAUGAAAGCAGUUCGAGCCUUUGCGUUCCUUGGCCUGUUUGCUAUGAUUGGGGCGACUGUGACUUUUGUUCUGCAGACGUUUAUUAUGAAGGACAAACCUGUCUUUGCCUACCUUACAAUCGGGCUGUCGGCGGCCUGCGGUUGUUUUGAGAUCAUUGCUUUCGCCAUCUUUGCGGACAGAGUCAAGGUAGAUGAUUACGGAGCAGGGUUUGCUCUAUGCAUCACCGCCUGGCCACUCGCUUGGAUCGUUGCAGGACUAUGUUUUUUAAUCAUGCGUCUGAACAAAAAUGUGGCGAAUAACUGAGAUCCUUUUUGGUUCAAUGCGAAAAAGCAUUCGUUUAUCUAUAAACACAUUUUGCUUAAACAUCAUUGAUUGUUGGGACAAUUUUGAAAACGCCUUAGCUUUCUGUGUUGGCGGUUUUCUGCAUCUGUUCAGAUAUCAUACGACAAGCAUUCUCAUAGUUUAGUUAUCGCGUAUAUAUGUUUUGAUGCAUAUCCUCAAUACCAAUCUAUGUAUGAAUAAUUCAAUAUCGUAUGUACCUCAUAUUCACUCAGUUGUAUUAUUGUAACGUAGGUAUAAGGGAAUCAAAAUGUAAAGAUAUUGAUUUUACAGAAAUGUACACU